AUGGCGGGGCACGGGGAGGAGGAGCCGCCAACGACGGGCAAGGUCGGAGGCGACAAGCUGAUACUGCGGGGGCUGCAGUUCCACGGGUUCCACGGCGUGAAGCAGGAGGAGAAGACGCUCGGCCAGAAGUUCGUCAUUGACGUCGACGCCUGGAUGGACCUCGCCGCCGCCGGGGACUCCGACGACAUCUCCCACACCGUCAGCUACAGCGACAUCUACAGGAUAGCCAAGGGUGUAGUAGAAGAUCCGUCCCAUAACCUUUUGGAGUCGGUGGCUCAAUCGAUUGCCAACACCACGCUGCUCAAGUUCCCUCAGAUCUCUGCUGUCCGAGUGAAGGUCGGGAAACCUCAUGUCGCGGUGCAGGGCGUCGUGGACUACUUGGGAGUGGAGAUACUGAGGCACAGAAAGGCAUGA